AUGGACGAAUGGAGGAGGUUUUUGGAUGGGGAACACGGAAGAAAAAAGGAGGCAGAAGGCUUUCAGAUGGAGGAAGAAGAAGGGUCGCGACCGUUUAAUAGAGAAGGGAGACGUGUAUUGGGUACACGAUUACCUCAAUCAACGCUGAAUGAUUGCAAUAGCAGACUGCACGUGCCAGAUCAACAGACACUCGUGUAUUGGGUACAUGAUUUAGGGCUAAUCGUGUAUCGGAGAGUUGAAGUUGCUAAUAUGAAUGUCAGAGAGAAGAAUGUCGCAGUUAUUGCCGUUUUUCAGAUCCAUAUGCAUUGCAAUGGUUGUGCUGAGAAAGUAAAACGAGCAGUGAAGCAUUUGGAUGGUGUGAGUGACGUGAAAGUGGAUCUUUCAUCCAACAGACUCACCCUUACCGGAAAAGUAAACCCUGUCGUAAUCAAAACCAAACUGGAGAAGAAGACUAAGAAGAAAAUUGAAAUCGUCUCUUCUCAGCCUAUCGAAGAUGCUAGUGGCCAUAAAAAACCCGACGAAAAGAUUGAGAAGAAGACCGACGAGAAUAUGGCCAAUGAGAUUAGGAAGACACACAUCAAAUUCAAAGAUGAAGAAAUUCAUGUCUCAUUCGGAAAAUCAAAAUCAAUUGAAAUCAAUUUUACGGGAGUCAGUGAGAUUUCAAUAGAUGCUCAGAAGAAUUUGAUAACAACUAAGCGCAGCAUAGAAGGAAAAGACCAUGUCGGCUACCUCAAUGAAACGUUCAAGAAAUCCGUCGAAGUAGUUCCUCUCAAGACAGGAGAAACUGUUGUUGUUGGAGGCGACAAGAAAGAAAAAGAAGCUGGAGGAGGCAGUGGUGGUGACAAAGCUUCCACUUCCAACGGUGGUGGUUACAAAGCUUCCACCUCCGGUGGUGGAGACGGUAGUGGCCAGAAAAUGGAGUACAGCGGUUUCUCAUAUCAGCCUUCGACAUUUUACUACGAGGUUCCGAUUAAUUUUCAUGAGGUUCAGAUGUGCAGCGACGAGAAUCCAAAUUCUUAUCCCAUCAUGUGA